GAGAAGCUUGACGAAUGCCCAACUAUCUUGACCGAGCGAGAGAUUGCCAAUGUUCUGGGCCCCUCAUAUGUCGCCGGAAAGUUUCUCUGUCGUCUCUCCGGUUCUGACACCCCAAGAGAGCUCGCCUUUAUGCGAAUUUACAAGCAGAUUCCUAUCGCUGGGACUGAGUAUGAGGCGCCUAUAAUCCGGGCUGUCCAAGCUACCGGCCGCCUGAACAUCAAGAGUUGGCCUUCAAAGCGCACGGCUGUGAUAUUGUCCCCUAAGCUGCUUGGGUAUCAGUUGGGGAAACAAGGCGAAACCGAUCUUGUCCCUGGGGGCUAUAUCCUUUAUCUAGUGUGGGAGAAAGUCCCCGGAGAAUCCCUCGAUUUUCACAGGUUCUGGAGUUGUCCCUUUUCCGAGCGACAGGAGUUCCGAGCAAAGUUUCGUCGGGCUUAUGAAACGCUGGUACGAUUCGGAUAUCGGCCACAAAUGCCUGGGUUGCCUAAGAUCAUCUACGAAUGGGCCACGGGAGAGAUGCACAUCUCCGGAUUCCGCUGCGCGGUUCCCACCGACCCAAGCCAGAAUUGGAAUGAUUUAAUUUACGUACAAUAUAGUCUCGCCCUAGCAACCACAGCAAUGGAUAAAUAUUAUCCCGUCAAGAGCACUGAUCUUUACCACGACGCAAAGGGUUGGGGGUGGUAG